CAUUGAUUCACAAACAGUUAUGCUUUCAAACUGGACAGAUUGAUAUCCCUGAAGUUUAAUUGACUUGCUGCUACAGUAUACUGUGAUGUUUACGUGUUCCCUUAAUUUCUUUGAGCAGUGUAUUCAUUAUCUGUCUGCAGAAGGUUUCUCUGAAAUGGAGACCCCAUGAACACCAAGGGCAGAAUGUGGUAAAUGGUAAGAGAAACCACACCUCUUGGUAUAAACAAAGCCUUGACCACAUUGACAAAAAAAAAGCCCCUUUCACUGCACAAAAAGUCAGAUAAAACUUGCUGUUCCCCUAAGUAGUCAGUCAUUCAGCAAGUCAUACAGACAGGUCCAUUGUUCCAGAAUCUUUUUUUAUCAACCCCACCAUCAUAACCAAUAGUGAUUGCUAUGUCUGUUCUCCAGACUACUGUGUUGACCCUGUUGGGGCUGUGGGGGGCCUGGAUCCCCCCUGUCCUGCCCUCCUGCACCACAGGCCAACCAGUAGAGUGCAGUGCUGCCCAGUCAGCUCCCGGGACCAACCUGGCUGGUGAGGGUUUUGAUGUGGUCACCAUGGAGCGCAAGCAGGCCUAUGUCGUGGACGUGGAUAACUGGAGGAAGACCCAGAACGGGACCUGUACACUCUGUGUUAACCCUUUCAUGGAGGGACAGACUCAGAGGCUCCCAGUGGCUGUGGUGGACUGGAGACCCUCACACCAAUGUCACAUGAAGAUAUCCAGCAUGGUCUACGACUCCAGUGAGGCAUUUGUGAGCAAGAGUCAAACAGAGGUAGAUGUUAGUUGGAAGAUUGGCUUGGACGUUAUGACCCCCCAGGCAAAAGGGUCAGUCGUGGUGGGGGGUACCUACUCCAGAGCUGCUAAAACAGUCAUGGACCAGUCCAAGCAGGACAAGUACAGCUUCAUCAAACAGGAAAUGCACUGCUCCUAUUACAGUUACCGGUUGAUUGAGGACCCUCCUCUACAUCCUGAGUUCUCUCGCUCCCUGGGUCUCCUCCCUCCCCUCUACACCACCCAGACCAAGGCUGAAUACACCCGUUUCCUUGCCAACUUUGUCACCCACUACAUCAGGAAGGUUCACCUGGGGGGGCGGGUGAAGAGUGUCACCUCCCUGAGAGUGUGCAAGGCAGCACUGAAUGGUUACAAUGAGAAUGAGGUCAAGGACUGUCUGGAAGCUGAGGCCUCUGUCGCCACCAGCACUGGAACAGCCGAAGUCAAAACAGAGACCAACUUCUGUAAGAAUGACCUUAAAAGUCGUGACACCAAAGACAGUUUUAGCAGCAUGUUUAAUGACAGGUUUACUGAGGUGGUGGGGGGACAGACGGAUGGAGCAACUGACCUGCUCUUCUCCAGGACGGGUGGAACCUCCAAGGGCUUCACUGAUUGGAAAAGCACCCUGAAAACUGUUCCAGACAUCAUCAAUUACUCCCUCCACCCCCUCCACCUUUUGGUGAAGCAUGCCAGUAAGAGGGCAGGGCUGAAGAAAGCAGUGGAGGACUACAUCCUGGAACACGCCCUGGUCAAGCACUGCUCUGGGAAGUGUAAGAGUGGCUCCAGGCCCAGUGCCCAUGACUCCUGCCAGUGUGUGUGUCAGGCCAGCAAGGAGAUGACCAACCAGUGCUGCCCGCAGGAGAAAGGCCUGGCCCGACUAAAGGUCACCAUAAAAUACGCCAGGGGCCUCUAUGGGGACACUACGUCACAGACUGACGGCUUUGUCAAGGUGUUCAUGGGUAAUGAUGCCAAGCAGACUGGUGUGAUCUACAACAAUGACAACCCCAGGUGGAACGCAGUCCUUGACUUUGGCACAGUCAUGCUCUCCCUGGCCACUGAGCUCAAGUUUGCUGUGUACGACGAUGACAGCACUUGGUACAAGUGUUUGAACAACCUUUUAGGGCAGUGCAUCAUUCGGCCUGUCAAAGCAGGGUCUCAUAAUAAUGAAAUGUGUUCAUUAAAUCGUGGCAACUUGUUCUACUCCUACAUGGUUGAAUGUUUCCCAGGACUUGGGGGCCCAACCUGUGGGGAGUACAUUCCCUCUCCAAUGAACUCUGACCUUUCUGGCAUCUACACCUCCCGUAACGCCCUGAACAUGACCCAGGAUCUACUGGCUCACAUCCGGAUGAGCCGGCCCCCAGUAGACCCGUUGGCCUUCAUGAUGAAGCAGAAAGCAAAUGAUCACCCUCGUCUCUCUGCCCUCAAUGAGCUGUGAUCAAAACCUAUUUUUAUGUAGGUUAUUUCUAACCUCUUAUUCUGAGGCAGAAGCAAUAUUACUUUGGUCAUUAAUGGAAAAUGCUGCAAAAACAAAUAAAACAAAAAUCCAAAGCAUAUACUGUGUAUUUAGAAAAGCAA